AUGAUAUCGAAGAAAUUAAUGCAAGUUGUCCAACUCAGUGCAGUAGGACUCACCGGUUAUUGUAUAGGCCAUGGUUUUAGGGAUAAAAAUGAUUUAAUAGAUAGUUUAAUAGAACUUGAUGGUAAAAAACUACGAAACUUGCCGGGAUUACCUAUUUUCGGUUCAGUCUCUGCGGCAGCACCUUAUACUGAAAGUGGAUCUUCUAGGGUGUCCCAAAUUAUGAAGUAUGGUUUCCCUGGUAUGGAUAAUGUACGUUCCUAUGAUGAUUUUGUGUUGUCCUAUGAUCGGCGUAAUCGGAUUCCACAUUGGGUAUUUGAACACUUGACUAAAGCGCAUGUGGAAAAAAAUGACCAGGUUGAUAGGAGUAAAUGUGACUUCAAACCAGAUGAAAGCAUACAUCCAUUCUUUAGAUCUCAGAAUAGUGACUAUAAAGGAUCAGGAUUUGAUAGAGGGCAUAUGGCAGCAGCGGGCAAUCACAGAUUGGCACAGAAGCAUGUAGAGCAAACAUUUUAUCUCACUAAUAUGGCCCCACAGGUUGGUGAGGGCUUUAACAGACACGCAUGGAACAGAUUAGAGAAACAUGUAAGGAAAUUAACAAAGGUUUAUGAAAAUGUUUACUGCUGCACAGGACCACUUUAUCUACCAAGGAAGGAAUCAGACGGCAAGUGGUAUAUCCGUUACCAGGUGAUUGGUGCCAACACGGUAGCUGUCCCCACCCACUUCUACAAGCUGGUGGUCGGCGAAGGAGCGGACGGUAGCUUAGACAUGGAGGCAUAUGUCAUGCCCAAUCAGAGGAUACCCGAUGAGACUCCCGUCUCUUCUUUUAUGGUCCCACCGGAAACUAUAGAACGAGCUGCCGGAUUGCUGUUCUUUGAUAAAAUACAUCGAAGCAAACUACAUAAAAUAAAUGGCCGCAAAGUU